UUCAGCAGUCAGGGUCGGCAGUUGGCUUACUACUCAGAGAAGAAGAUCCGUUGUUGUGGAGAGCAAGAAAGGCUCAAGAAAUCCGAGCAACGUUUAACGUACAAACCACGAGCGGUAAACCCCACUUUUUGAGGGUCGUUUUUCUCCAACUUAUUUUUUUCCGUUUUCUUUAGCUAACAUGGCUUGUGGAGCAACGUUAAAGCGGUCGAUGGAGUUUGAGGCCCUCCUCAGUCCCCAGUCUCCCAAGCGGAGAAGGUGCAAUCCGCUACCGGGGACUCCUGGCGCUCCGUCCCCGCAAAGAUGCAACCUCCGUCCGCCGGUCGACAGCCCAACGCAUUCGAUGUCUCCUCCGGCCAUAGGAGGCGAACACAGGCUCACUCCAGAGCAGAUCUUCCAGAACCUCCGUCAGGAGUACAGCCGUAUCCAGAGGCGGCGGCAGCUGGAAGGGGCCUUCAACCAAACUGAGGCCUGUAGCUCCAGUGAUGCCCCCAGCCCCAGUUCCUCCCUCAACGCUCCCAGCUCCCCACCAGGCCUGCCAAAAGAUCCUUGGCUGGACCUGCAUGCCCAACACGUGUCUCAAGAGGCAGGCUACUGCUGCUCAUCAAACCAAUCACAAGGCCAGAGUGAUUGUGAUUCCAGAUGUGCCUCAAGGAAGGACCAGCCCUCGUUUACACUGAAGCAGGUGAGCUACCUGUGUGAGCGGCUGCUGAAAGACCACGAGGAGAAGAUCCGGGAGGAAUAUGAACAGAUCCUUAACACAAAACUCGCAGAACAAUAUGAAUCUUUUGUGAAAUUCACACAAGACCAGAUCAUGCGAAGAUACGGAGCCCGGCCUGCUAGUUAUGUCUCUUGAACUCACCAUGAUGAGAUUCCAGCUUCCUCUCACGAGACAGCUGCUCUUCUACUGCCCUCUCUUCCACUUGAUUUUCAUUUUAUUUCCCUAUCCCCCCCUCCCCCAUUUCAAACUGUUUGGGUGCCAUGGUUUAUCCUAUUUUUAAUCCAAAUGUUGAUUUCUUACUUUAAAACUAUUGCUGCUGGCCAAAAGUUAGAAGAAUCUGAAAGAUAAACUAUGUAUGAAGCCCACACUUUCUUUUUUGAACCCUUUUUUUGUUAAGUUCAUAAGCUCUUUCUGGAAAUCUGGACUAAAGCAAAUCUGUGUCAAAUCUCUUGCCGGCGCUGUAGAAAAAGCUUAUUAGCUCAUGUGAUCAUUCUGUAUAACCUUCAGCAGCUGUAUUUAAUGGCUCUUGCUUCUCACAUUGUCCCCCUUUUCUUCCCCUCCCUCAACUGUUUACCUGAGAAUGUGGAUUUUUCUCCCUUUUGAAAAAAAUAAAAGUUCUGUGAUUAAAA